AUGAGACUAUCACAAGCAAACAAGAUUCUAGUCGGUUCUUGCAUCGUUGUCGUACCUCUCUCCUUCUAUGGAGGUCUGGCCAUCAAAGAACAUUACCUCUCCAACGAAUUGGCGAAAGUGGAUGAUACUCGACCUCCUCCUCAUGAAAGAGCGAUGAGAGCAAGGAUAGCUCAGCUCGAACAAGAACGAAAAGAGUUAAUGAAAGAAGCACAAGACCUCGACUCAAAACUGUUAACCAUGAAGAACCGAAUGGCUUCUGCGUAG